AUGCCGUCGACUCACCAAAACGACAAGCCCUGGGAUACAGACGAUGUGGACAAGUGGAAGGUUGAGGCGUUCACCCACAAGGAUAACCUCGGCGGCACCUUCACCGAGGAGUCGUCCUUUGCAACGCUAUUCCCCAAGUACCGCGAAGUCUACUUGAAGGAGGCGUGGCCGCUCGUCACAAAGGCCCUCGAGAAACAUGGCAUCGCCUGCACCCUCGACUUGGUCGAAGGUAGCAUGACGGUCAAGACGACCCGCAAGACGUUCGACCCGGCCGCCCUCUUGAAUGCCCGCGACCUCAUCAAGCUGCUCGCCCGAAGCGUGCCCGCCCCGCAGGCUGUCAAGAUCCUCGACGACGGCGUGGCGUGCGACGUCGUCAAGAUCCGCAACCUGGUCGGCAGCAAGGAUCGCUUCGUCAAGCGGCGGCAGCGCAUCCUCGGCCCCAACGGCUCCACGCUCAAGGCCCUCGAGCUCCUGACGGAGACGUACAUUCUCGUCCACGGGAACACGGUGUCGGCCAUGGGCCCGUAUAGGGGUCUCAAGGAGGUGCGGAGGGUCGUCGAGGACUGCAUGGCCAACGUGCACCCCAUCUACCACAUCAAGGAGCUCAUGAUCAAGCGCGAGCUGGCCAAGGACCCGGAGCUGGCCAACGAGAGCUGGGACCGCUUCUUGCCAAACUUCAAGAGGAAGACACUGAGCAAGCGCCGCGUGCCCCACAGAAUCAGUGACAAGGCGAAGAAGGUCUACACGCCUUUCCCGCCGGCGCCUGAGAAGAGCAAGGUCGACAUGCAGAUUGAGAGCGGCGAGUACUUUCUCGGCAAGCAGGCCAAGGAGCGGGCGGCGCAGCAGGAGCGCAAGGAGAAGCAAAAGGAGCGCAAGGAGGAAAAGGCCAAGGAACGCCAGGCCGAGUUUGUCCCGCCGGAAGAGGGGGGGAGGACCAAGAAGCGGCGGAAGAAGUCGGACGAGUAG